UUCAACGCUCUUCCAGAAAGACUGCUGCAGAAAGGAAACAUUACCUCUGUCCUAAGCGAGUGGCUUCAUGCAAAGCAAGAAAUGGAUACUACAAAAUCACAUGGAUUUUUCCUAGCCAGCUUCCUUGUCCUCAUGCUCUUGGGUGAUCUCACUGAGGCCUGUACAUGUAAGCCACUAGGUCUCCGGAAAGCAUGUUGCCAACAUGACUUUGUGAUGAGGGCCUUAUUUACGGGUGUCCAGCAGGAUCCUGACUCUCCUUCGUAUAUGCGCAUAAAUAAAUUUUCUAUUCAGCCUAUUAGGAUAUUCAAGGGUUCAAGGGGAGCAGUAAAUGCACGGGUUCUCUACUCGCCAGAAUCAGAUUCUUUCUGUGGAUAUAAACAUAAAGGCCCUUUCCAAGAAGAUGACUACGUAAUUUCAGGGAUAUUUCAUGAAAAUCAUCUAAAAAUCUCAUUGUGCAGCUUUUCAAAACCGUGGGAUCAAAUAAGUGAAAGACAGAAAAUGAACCUCAAUGGUUUUGCUACUAAGGACUGCAGUAGCAUUUGUGCACCGUUAUAA